AUGAACUCUCAAGGGGACCAAGCAGAGCAAUCACCCCGACUGGAGGCUGUGAUUCAGAAACUGGAGGAGACAGUGUUCCAUCCAGACACCAGUGGUGAGGAGAAGCUGCUAACGUUAGGUGGAGAGGGUCAGGAUGCUGCAGCCGUGCCUGUUACAGCACGCAUACGCCAGAUCAUCACCCAAAACCUUUCUGGGCAGCCCAGGGCCUCAGGAGGCACUGUCCCUGAUAUCACAGUAAAGGAGGAGAACCAAGUUCUAAAGGAUCUCCUUGCACAGACCCGAAUGGACCGGGACCAACUCCUCACAAAACAAACAGCACUCACUGACAGGCUUGAGCAGAUGCUAGCAUUGCAGUCAGGGGAUUCAGACCAGGACAGCAUUUUGUCGGUGGAGCAGCGACACUUGAGAGACGAGAGCAGAGCGCACAGGCUCAAACUACAGGCUUUUCAGGAAAGGCAACAGAGACAAACCCAGCUAGUGCACAAGCUACAGGCCAAGGUGCUCCAGUAUAAGAAGAGAUGUGGGGAAUUGGAGCAGCAAGUGUUGGAGAAAACCUCAGAGUCAGAGAAGCUUCGCCUCUCCCUGCAGUCCCACUUGGAUUCUUCCUCCCAUCGGCUCCAUCGCACGGAGCAGGAACUGAGCCUGGACGUCCAGAACAAACUUGCCCUGCUGAAAGAGGAACAAAAGAGAUGUGCUGGACUCAGCCAGGUGAAUGCUUUGCUUCGAGAACAGCUGGAGCAGGCCAACACUGCCAAUCAGGGCCUGAUGGACAGCCUGCGGAAAGCCAGGGAGGAGGUGGAGCAAAAGGACAUGCGCCUACGCCGCGAGCAGGAGAUGAGUGCCUCCCGGCUGGGCCGCGAUCAGACACGGGUGCGGGCGCUGUGGCGCCAGGCCGCCUGUAUCCGCAGCUCCUUCACUCAGCUGAGGGCCUUCGCUGACAGGAGUCUCUCCGACAUGCGUGCGGAGUGUGUAGCUGCGAAUCGUCGCUUGCAUGCGGCUUGUAUGGAUAUGGAGGCCAGUGUGACUCAACACAGCACCUCUGGUGGCCUGGAGGUAUCAGCGCUGGAGAGACAGCUUCGCGACAAGCUGAGGGAAGCCAUGCAGCUACAGGGCCGUUUUGAUGCAGAGAAAGUGGAGCUUAACUCCAGGAUCCUCGAGUUGGCAGACAUGGUGAAGCACCUCAGAGGGCAGAACAGCGAAAAGGAGACCAGUAUAGCGACCUUGCAAACCAGUCUGGACAGGAUGGAAUCGGAGAGGACCGAAGAUAGGGCCGAGAGGGAUGCCUUACGCCAUGAGAUUGACAGCCUGCAGCAGAUCCUUCGCAGCAUCGCACAGUUGGUUCGCGGGGACAUCAAUGGAUCCAGCUCAGACAAUGUCAAAGAGGAGGUGGACUCUCCCUCUCUUUCAUUCUCUCCUCCACGUAGCUCUUCUCCUUUGCGGGAUAACACUCUCAUGGCUGUACAGAGAGCUCUUUCACAACGUCAGUUACAAACUCAGGAGUUGUGCUUACGUCUUGAUGCCGCGCUAGAGCAAGCUGCAACCCUGCGCCGACAGCUACUGGAAGGAGAGGCUCAGAGGAGAGAACUGGACCAGAGGAUCCAGGAACUGGAACUGGGAAAACAGCAGGCAGAGAGGACUGGUGAAGAGAGUACCAGAGAUGCCCAGAGGUACCGUUCGUCGCUUGGCAUCGUCACCAGUGAAAAGAACGAUUUGGAGAAGCUGGUUUCCUCUCUACAGCAACAGUUGGACUCUCGGCAGGCUGAGCUGGAGGGUUUGCAGGGCUUGUCUCUGGAUGUUCAGAGACAGCGGGACCUCCUGAGGCAGCAGAGAGAGGACCUGGAGAGGCAGCUAGCACGCGAGCGUUCAGAGGCCGAAAGAGGCCAGAGAAAUCUCGAGCAGCUAGAGUUGAAGCAUUCAGAAGUACGUAAAGAGCUGGUUACGCUGAGAGAGGCUCUGAGUCAGCUAACCCUUCAGAAGGAGGUUUUGGAGGAUGAGAAGAACAGCUUAACUCAGGCAUUGAGUAAGGCAGAAUCUCAGAAUGCAGAGCGGGAAAUGGUCCUAACCCGACUGCAGAGUGAGGGGGCGGGGCUGCGUGACUCUCUGGCCAAGACAGCUGCCCUGAGUGAAGGUCUGGCUAAAGACAAAGUGGAGCUCAACCGCAUCCUCCUACAGGUAGAGCAGGAGAAGGCGGAGCUUAGUGAGUGUCGGAGGGAGGCGGAGCUUGAGCGGAACGCAGCAAGAGAGGAGAUUGGUCAGCUUCAGCAGGAGCUGCUAGACUUGAGAGCUGAGAAACGGGCCUUAGAAGCUUCCCAAAACCACCUCCAGGAAGCCCGGGAGAGCCUGGAGGCAGAGUUGAGUCUCUUGCAGAAAGAGAAGGCCCAGGCUGUGGAACAACAUGCACAGGCGUGUGCUCAGAGACAGGCAUUGUCGGAGCAGUUAUCUGUGGCUCGUAAGGAACUGGAGAACCAAUCCAUGGCUUUGCAGAGAGCAGGCAAAGAAAGAGAUGAACUAGUGCAAGACAAAGCCAACCUCACCAUCCAUCUCACUGCUGAACAACGCAAAACCAAGGGACUGGUUCAGGAACUGACUGCUUUCCGCGUUGAGCGAGAGACUCUCGAAUCAGCAUUGUUUGACGGGCAAGAGGCGGUUUCAUCUCUGGAAGGAGACCGUGCUCGGAUGGAGGCUGAGAGACGCGGUCUGCAGCAGGCUAAUGAGAAUCUGACGCGUGAGGUGUCUUGCUUGCAGAGUGAAUUGGAGCACCAGACAGUGCAGAGCUUGCAGGAGCGCCAGGCUCUGGAGGGGAAGCUGGCACAGGCUGAGAGAAAUGCCCAACUGGCACUAAGCAAUGCCUUGCAAAAGCAUCAAGAGCAACUGGAUGCUGAACGCCAGGACAAGGAGCGCCUGCGUGUGGCUCUAACUGCACAGAGGGAGCAGGCUGAGGAGCAGCUGCGCAGGGAGCGCGAGGAGCUGCGGGUGCAGAGUCGCGCAGAGUUUCAACAGCUGCAGGAGGAGCUGGCCAAAGUGCAGGAGCAAUGCACUGACAGCCUACUGCAGGCCGAGAGCCACAAACAGCAAGCCCUGUCUCAGAAGGAGGCAGAGAAAGCAGCCCUUACUGAGAGGCUAUUGGCCCUGCAGCAGGACAUGGAAACCGCUACCAUGGAGACAGAUCGUAUGCGUAGAGACUUCCUGAGCAGACAGGAACAGGAUAAGGAUGCAAUAGCUGGCUUGCAGGCAGAGUUGAAGGAGCUGCACCUACGUUUUGAAGAGUCGCUGAGUUCUCGUGAGAUCUCAGAGAAGAGUCUGAAUGAACAGAUCAGAGAGCUGAGUCUCUACAAACAAGAAACACAACAGGAGGUGGAAAAGUUGAGGAGAGUGCUCGCAGAGGUUGAAGAGAGUAGGGACUCUGCGCGCAGGGAGCUAAUCGAAGCUCAUCGACAGUUGAGAGAUUGCGCUGAGGAGAGGGACGCCCAGAGGAAAGGGACCCUUGAGCUGAGAAGAGCACUUGGGAACGAGACGCGGGACAGAGAGGCCAUCCAGGCGUCCAAUCAGGAGCUGAGGGCAGCAGUGAAGAGAACUGAGAGUGACAAUAACAGUCUAAAACGAGCAUUGGAAGACAAGGAGCAGAGACUGGCAGUUUUAGAAGGGUGUAAGGCCUCCCUUCAGCAGGAGGUGACUAAACUGCGAGGUACCAUGCGUGAGCUGGAGAAAUCCCGUCUGCAGGCACGGAGAGAACUUCAGGAACUCCGCAGACAGGUGAAGGUUCUAGAGAGUGACGCGGAUCAGCGGGGUCAGGAGGUCAGAGACCUCCAAGCUCGUGUGAGUCAGGAGGAGCAACGGCAUGAGGAAGCCAGGAAGGAGGCGUUCACUCUGAAACAGAGAGUUCUGGAGAGCGACGCUGGCCGCGAGGCUGCUCUCCAGGAGGCCGCUGGUCUGCAGCGUCGCGUGGCAGAACUUGAGGAGGCCGAGCGACAGGGCAGGGAAGCCCAGUGCCUGCGUGAUGCCAGGCUACAGGAGAGCCAGCAGAAACAACGGCAGGACAUGGCCCGGCUGGAGGAGGCUCUGCAGGAAGCCCAAGCCCGGAUCAGGGAGCUGACACUGCAGGUCAGCCUGGCCCAGAAAAGGGCACAGGGGCUAGAGGAGCAGCUGAGCCAGGCCGACUCCGUCCGCAGAGACCUGGAACGCCACCGGGCGCUUCUGAACUCCGCCCUGAGACGAACCCUGGGCAUCGGGCGCGGGUCCGGCUCGCCAAACGCCAGAUCUCGAGGACGGAGCCCGUCUCCCUGGAGGAGCCUCUCCCCAGUAAGAGGUAAAGAAGGGGUUAGUGCAUUAUCAGGGCCUCCAUUUUCCCCUUCCCAAGGAGACAAGGGGGAGCUGGAUUUGGACGUGGUGCAAACAGCCCUACACAGCUUUCAGCAGGAACUGAGGGACACACAGAGGGAAAGGGACCAGGCCCAGGCUGAGGUGGUUAGACUCAGUCGUCAGGUAGCGGAGCUACAGAGCGCUCAGGAGAAGACAAACUCCAGACUGCAGCAGUUAAAGAAAUCUCUCAAAGAGAUGGAAGAGGGAAAGCGUGAAGUAACAGAGCAGUUGGAGUGUUCUCAGGCAUCGCUGGCUCAGCAGGAAGAAACUGUGAAGCGGGGAGACAGAGAGAGGAGGAUCCUGGGAGAGGAAGUGUCUCAGCUCAGGGUUAGCCUGCAGGAGGCAGAGGCAGAAAAGAAAGGACUUCAGGAGAAGCUGGAGCGUUCUCAGGUGUGUGAGGCUCACCUGGACAGCGAGCGGAGACGUCUGCAGGAGCGCAGUGAGGCUGCACAGUCACAGGUUGCGCGACUGGAGCUAUCCCAGCGUGCCCUGCAGGGGGAGCUGCAGCGUGCGCAGCGACGGGUGGAGGAACUGGAAGCGGAGGUGGUUAUGCACCAAGAGCGUUGGACAGCACUGCGCGGCGAGUUGGGUGAGAGCGAGGAACACGCCACGCUUCUAAAAGUCGAGGGCGAGAGGAUGGCAGCAGCGCUCGCUCGCUCUGAACUGCAGGAGGCGCAACUGAGAGAGAAGCUUCAGAACAUGGCGACGUCGCUUAGCAACAGCAGCGCCAGUGCAGGGGCAGCACAGGAACAAGCCACACAGCUACAGCGAGCCUUAAGCACCGCCGAACAUGACCGCGGGAUGCUGCAGGAGCGGUUGGAUAAAACUCGUGAGGCUCUUGCAGACAGUAAGAAGCAGAUCUAUGCACUGAGUGAACAGGCUCAGACUCUACAGAGAGCCCAGGAGGAAACUGAGCUCAGAGCCUCAGAACUGGACAAACACAACCGGGCACUGCAGGAGGCUCUGAGGCAGAAACAGGAAGCUGAAAUAGAAGCUCAGCAGAGCUCCACACAGCUCCAGAGAGAGAGAGGAGAGCUCCAGGACAGAGUGAACAGCCUGGAGGCCUCUCUACAGCGGCUCCAGGGAGAGAGGAUGGAGCUGGAGAACAUGUUAAGCCGUCUGACAAAAGACAAGUCCUCACUGAAAAAAACCCUGGAAAAGGUGGAACAGGAGAGAAGGAGGCUGGAGGAAGAGGCAGCGUGUGUUGGUCGGGACAAAGAACAGCUCGAGCAGAGUGUACGCUCUCUAGAGCAGGAGCUGAAUGAGGCCCAAGCUGAAACACACGCUCUACAGGCUCAGAUCUCUCAUAUGGAACAUGCCCACUCACAGCGGCUGUUAGAAGUGACGGCGCGCCACCGGCAGGAGCUGGACCUGGAGACGGAGCGGCUGAGGAGCUCCCAGCACCAGACCGAGAGGGCCCUGGAGGCCCGAGAGAAAGCCCACCGCCAGAGAGUCCGUUGUCUUGAGGAACAGGUGUGCACGCUAAAGGAGCAGUUAGAACAAGAGAUGAGACGGAGGCAGGCUUACGUGAGCCAGAUGCUUCGACCGGGGGUCUGA